GAAGAAGAAGAGGAGGCACCACUGAGGGAAAACAAAGACAUCUGAGAGUUUCACUGUGGUCUCAGGAUGACCGUCACAUAUUCCAGUAAAGUCGCCAACGCCACCUUCUUCAGUUUCCACCGGCUGCUGCUGCGUUGGAGGGGAAGCAUCUACAAGCUGCUGUACCGAGAGUUCAUCCUGUUCGUUCUGCUCUACAGCGUGCUGAGUCUCGUCUACAGACUCGUCCUCUCUGAAGACCAGAAGAGACUGUUUGAGAAACUGUCCAUGUACUGCGAUAAUUACGCAGAGCAGAUCCCUGUCACCUUCGUCCUGGGUUUCUAUGUGACUCUGGUGGUGAAUCGUUGGUGGAAUCAGUUUGUUAACCUGCCCUGGCCGGACCGACUCAUGUUCCUCAUCUCCAGUUGUGUUCAGGGAAAAGAUGAAUAUGGCCGCCUGCUGCGUCGGACGUUAAUACGUUACGUGAACCUGACGUCGCUGCUCAUCUUCCGCUCCGUCAGCACCGCCGUCUGCAAACGCUUCCCGACCAUGGACCACGUGGUCGAGGCAGGUUUCAUGACUCCAGAGGAGAGGAAGGUGUUUGAGAACAUCCGCUCUCCUCACCUGAAGUACUGGAUCCCCGUCGUCUGGUUCUCCAACCUGGCGUCUAAAGCUCGACAGGAAGGACGAAUCCAGGACAGCAUUGACCUGCAGAACAUCCUCAAUGAGAUGAACGUGUUCAGGACUUGGUGUGCGACUCUGUUCGGCUACGACUGGGUCGGCAUCCCGCUGGUUUACACACAGGUCGUCACUCUCGCCGUCUACACCUUUUUCUUUGCAUGUCUGAUCGGUCGUCAGUUCCUCGACCCCGCCCGGGGCUACCCUGGCCACAAACUCGACCUCUACGUCCCUGUCUUCACCCUGCUGCAGUUCUUCUUCUACUCCGGCUGGCUGAAGGUAGCGGAGCAGCUGAUCAACCCGUUUGGAGAGGACGACGACGACUUUGAGGCGAACUGGAUCAUCGACAGGAACCUCCAGGUGUCUCUGCUGGCUGUGGAUGAGAUGCACAUGAACCUGCCUCACAUGACCAAAGACAUGUACUGGAACGACUGCGAGGCUCGUCCGCCAUACACACUGGCUGCCGCCGACUACUGCAUCCCUUCAUUCCUCGGCUCCACCACCGACAUGGGACUCUCCGACAUCCUGCAGGUUGAUGAGCCUGAGGUCAGCGACAGUCGCCCACGGCGACAGGACUCAGUUUUGGCUUGGCGGCAAGAGUCGGUUCUGGGUCGGGUCCGCCGGCUGCUGAGCGUUCAGGAGCCUCCUGACCUCCGACCUCCUCGACCCAUCUUCAAACGACACAGCAGUGAUGCAACAGGAAGCUUCUUCCCAGAGUUCAGGCUCAAUCCACAUCCAGAGGAUACAGGUCCAUCCUCCCCAGCCAUUGACACCCUGUCAACCUUAAGGGAGGUCAGCAGCAACCCUCCGUCUCCUGAAAGGUCGCCCUCUAUUGUUUUUCCUCGUCUCGUUGUCAGUCCGCCGUUGUCUGGUGACGUCUGCCACAACAUGGAUUCUUCUGGGAAUAGUGAUGUUGCAAAGCAUCAGAAUGGACUGGAUCCGUCCCCCACUGAGGAGGCACCGGGCUUUGAUACCCUGAGGACCAGCUCCUCAAUCUGUUGUUCCCCCACCCAGCUGGGACCCAAGGAAUUCCGCUGGUUGACUCUAAACGUCCGGAAUCGGCCACCAGUGCGGCCACGGGGACGCCAGUUCUCCCUCCAGUUCUCCAGGCAAUCGUCGAAAGCGUCGGUUCGAAGCCUGCCAAGCCCCAAAGCUCUGGGAAGGCGAAAACGAUGCCUGGCUCGAUUCCACUCCAGACGAUUACCUGGUCCACAUACCGACACGCUGCAGCUCCCUGACCCUGAGUACGACCACGAGUUCCAGGGAACGGCAGGAACGGAGGACGACGAGAGGGAGGGAACCAACAACAGUGAAGAGAUCGAAAACUCCCAGUCACAGAGCUUGGAGAAGAAAUGAGAACACCUUACACAGACACAAAACA